UCUCUCAAGCAGAAAGAAUGGUGGGGGUCUCAUGUUUCCUGGGGAACAGGAUCUGCUUGGGGCGAUGAAGAAACAUAUCUGAUGGGGGUGUUUUCUGGUAACUAUGAUCAUUAGGUUGGGGCCCCGUGGUUCACAUGAGAUCAUUUUAAUACUCGCGCCAUUUUUGUAGUAGAUGAGGAUUUCCUGGGCGUGAUCUAUGGGGGUCUCUCAAGCAAAAAGAAAGAAUGGUGGGGUGCUGUCUCGGGUGUGUGAAAUAUAUAAUAUCAAUAGGGUGUCUCGUUUUCCCACGGGAGAAGACAAUGUGCUUGUAGUUUUAAAAAACAUAUCUCAUGGGGGUGUUUUUUAGGUAACUAUAAUCAAUAGCGGGGGCCUCAUGGCUCCCGUGUCAAUAGCGGGGGCCCAUGGUUCACAUGAGAUCAUUUUAAUACCAUUUUUAUAGUAGAUGGGGGUUUCUUUGGACUGAUCCGUGGCGGGGUCUUUUUUAGCUAGCUCUAAUCAAUACUAGGGGCCUCAUGGUUUGUAUAAAAAAGACAAUGUGAUUGAGGCUUUAAAAAACAUAUCUGGCACUUAAACAUUCCUCCCCUAUUGUAUAAAAUGGUAUAAAAGGCAGGUGUCGACGGUAGGUUUCCAGAUCACUCGCAAAAAUCAGCGAACAACGUCAAGACAGAGAGUUUGAACACAGAGCCUGGAGACGACUACAAGACAUCGGACAUUGACAUGGGCUGUUGCAUGUACGUAAGUUUCAUAUUGUAUAUAAUUUAUCUAGGGUGUUUAGCCUGAAAGGUAAAUUUUUUUUUCUACUUACAGGAGAGCUGCAUCUUCACCAAUUGAAGUGAUCGAUCUGACUUCACCGCCACCAGUGGCCCUAGUGUCACCGGUCCAAAACCCAAUGCAGGGAUUUAAUGUGGACUUUAUAACGCCUCAAAACCAGGCACAAGGAUUUGCAGAGGGCGAUCGCUCUACGAUAGACGGGGGAGUUUGGGGACAGACUUCGGGAUUCGUGGAAAACACUUUAACACCGCCGGUCCAAAACCCACUGCAUUUUAUUGUGGGGUUUACAAGUCCAAACUCAAGUCACGGUAAGUUAAACAAAUGUGUGUCGGUUUUAAUGAAUUCAUAUUUAUGUCAACAAUUAUCUCUGUAUGUACUGUGUAAAUGUUGAUGAAUAACAGAGUCUGCUCUGUUAUAGGGAUUGCGCCACUGACCCCCUCAACGCUGGAUGUGACAGAGGGAGAAAACGACACAGAAUUCGAGGAAAACACAGCAGAGUCCGAUGUGGGACAAGAAACGGGACAGGAGGAGACAUCUGACGCUGGAGUCUACAACCAGGAAAGAUUUCAUUAUUUUCCAGAUAGUGAAAGUGAAUAUGUUGACAUGCAAGCUCUAAAUCAGAGGGAUAUAGUCUCAGACAAUGAUGGAAUUGAAACAGUGGAUUUCAACACCUCUGUGCUAAUUGUCGAACAAGUGUUCAGAAGAUACAUGUAUGAUAUAGCAUGUUUAAAUCGCCGCAUGAUUGAGAAUAUAUAUAAUCAACUUAGACAGAACGUUAGACGCAGGCAUUCUGUCAAUUCAUAUUCAGCUAACGCUAGACGUGCCACUCGUGAACAAAGAACACUGCCACAAAGAGUCCAUCGCAGGUUGCAAUUUGAAGACUAAUUUUUGAUCGGGUGAUAAAGACAAAUGGCUGAACCAGAUCACAACAAUUCCCCUGAAAUUAGAGAGCAUCUCCUCCACUUGAUCUCUGAGAUAAACCGAGAAAGAUCCGAAGGCGGGGCUAAUCAGGGUUCUCCCCGAAACAGUCCAAUUCUGCCUCAGCAUGAUUCACCUGAAAGAGGGGGAGAAGUUUUUCUUCCAUCCCCUGAUGAGCUAAUUUCCUUGCUCCAAAUGUACAGAUACCCCUGCCCCGUUCCGCAUAGCAGUGCGGAAUCAGAUCACAACAAUUCCCCUGAAAUUAGAGAGCAUCUUCUCCAGUUGAUCUCAGAGAUCAACUGUCAAAGAUCUGAAGGCCGGGCUAAUCAGCCUUCUCCCCAAAAUAGCCCAAUUCAGGCUCGGCAUGAUUCACCUGAAAGAGGGGGAGAAGUUUUUCUUCCAUCCCCUGAUGAGCUAAUUUCCUUACUCCAAAUGUACAGAUACCCCUCCCCCGUUCCUUCGCCCGUAUCGCAAAGCAAUGUUGACUCAGGACCUUGGUCUCCAUCAGACAGUCAGUGUUGUGAUGCACUCAACAGUCAAAUAGAUGACCCGUGGUCUCCAUCAGACAGUCAGUGUUGUGAUGCACUCAACAGUCAAAUAGAUGACCCGUGGUCUCCAUCAGACAGUCAGUGUUGUGAUGCACUCAACAUUCUGGAAAGAGGCCAUCAGGUGGGGGGUGGGGGCGAGGGUGAACAGACAGAGAGCGUCAUCAAUCAGAGUAAUGAGGGUCAAUCCACAUCUAUGGGGAUAAACAACACAAAUAGUGCGGCUGUUAAUGUUCCAGCACCUUGCACUAGUGAUGACAUGCAUGUCACAAACCGUGAAAGAUUUAAUAAUGUUGAGAUUCGCUCUUUCCUUCGCUUUCCACCACCAUCUGCAAUUCCCAAUUUUCGUGAAUUUUAUUUGAAUGUCACAAAUGGUUUUCGCGAUAGGAUUUCAAGCAUGAUUCACAGAGCUGAUGUCCAGCCAAAUGACGUUAUCCAAGUUAAUCUGCGUGCUGAUCGUUUGCAAGACGAUGUCUCAAUGAGCGUGCGUUAUGGAGAGGGGACAGUGUCACAAUUACAGGAACUUUUAGACAGAUUAGUCCAGAGUAAUAUGUCUGUUUUCACCGAUGGAUCGCUUGAGCUAAUUGUCAAUUUUGUGAAGGCUCCGCGGGGAGGGGGUAAGAGACGAAUUGAAUCAUGUCUUGCGAGCGAAAUUGUGAAGAAAAAAGCACGACAUUUAUUUGUACUCCCCAAUCCCGAUCAAACAUGUUUUGCUGUAAAUCUGGCAUUACUGACAAAUCCGAAGUUGACGAUGAUGGAAGCCAUAAAGGCAGGCUGGGACAUCCAUACCAGAGCAGGUCUGACUGCUGAUACAAUGGUCACAUUCGAUGAUGUUGUCAAAUUUGAGGAGCUGUUAGCGUGUAAAAUUGUUAUCUUUUACCAAACGUCUGACAGAGAAAAAAACAACAACCUGGUUACAUUUCAAACAGGAACACCCGAACGAGACACAAUACGCUAUCUGCUUUUACACAAUAAUCAUUUUUACGGGAUAAAUAAUAUUAAGGGAUUUCUAGGUGUGAAGUUUUUCUGUAAACAUUGUCACACAGGGUAUCAGUGUCAAUAUAAGCAUUUCUGUGAAAAAAGCUGCAACAUCUGUUGCACAGAUUGUAAACAGGGUCCAAUUCAAAAAACCUACUGUGCUGAUUGCAAUCGAUUCUGUACAAAUAGACAAUGCUACGAACGACAUCGCGAGAAAAAAUGGCAUCCGAAAAUCAAAAAGAUGGCCAGCAUGUGUCAGACCAAUAAAACAUGUCCUAGAUGUAAAUCAUUGUACUACACAUCUAUCAGAGAUCCUAAAGAGCAUACUUGUGCUAUCAAGAUGUGCACAAUUUGUAAACAACCUAAAACAACAUUGUCGUCUCGUAACAAUGAGUUAGAGCAGACAUCAGCUAAUAACUCUAUGAUUGAAAGCGGCGAAGAUAAACAUGUCUGUUACAUGCGUACAAAACCAAUCAAAUCUGAAAAAGAAAUACAUGAAAAAAAGAUUGUAUUUUUUGAUUUUGAGACUUCUCAAACCACUGGAACCCAUCUUCCGGUGCUUGUGGUGGCUCAGUCACUUAAUGGUGAGCGCCGUGUCUGGAAGGGGCAUUCAUGCGCUUUAAAAUUUCUUCUCCAUUUCCGACAGAAAAAACAUAAACAGACAACUUUCAUUUCCCAUUUUGGCAAAGGUUUUGAUCAUCAUAUCAUCUUGAAUGCUUAUGUAACUCAAGGUUUGUCACCGUCUGUGAUAGCACAAGGGAGUAAAAUAAUCCUGAUCCUGGAUAAUGACUUUCAACUUAAAUUUAUUGACUCGUUCUCAUUUAUUCCUAUCCCACUCAGAGACUUUUCCAAGGCGUUGGGAUGUAAGACACAGCUUAAAAAAGGCUACUUCCCACACAGAUUUACCGAUCUUUCAAAAAAUGGCUAUAGAGGAAGCUAUCCACCGGCCGAGAUGUACUCACCUGACGAAAUGAGUCCAAAACAAAGAGAGGAUUUCCUUAACUGGUAUCAGACUGUCAAAGAUCAAGAGUUUGACUAUGAUGCAGAGUUAGUAUCUUACUGUGAAAACGAUGUUGAAAUCUUAGCCGAGGGUGCAAGCAAUUUCCGUAAUGAAUUCAUAAAAACAACAGACUGUGAUCCUUUUGACAGUGUGACCAUUGCUUCAGCAGCUUUGAAUGUCUUUCAAACAAAAUUUUUAAAACCCAAUACAAUCGCGAUUCCCUGUCCUAACAAUUACAAAACAAACAGCAAGGCUUUCUCACAUGCGUCUAUACAGUGGCUUGAGUAUGAGGCCUUCUCACGGGGGAUUUCAAUAAGACAUGCUUUGAACGGAGGUGAAGUUAAAUUUGGGCGUUAUUCAGUUGAUGGAUAUGGAGAGUUAAAUGGAGGGAAAGUUGUCUUUGAAUUUCUAGGCUGUUAUUUUCAUGGCUGUCCAAAGUGUUAUAUGGGAAGUGAUGUUUCUCCAUUGUCAAAGACUUGUUUUAGUGAGGUGUACUCUGAGACUUUGAAAAGGCUGGAUCGAUUACAAAACGAUUACAAGGUGCAAACUGUGGUGAUCAAGUGGGAACACGAAUGGAGUGUACAGAAAAAAACAGACCCGAAUGUUAAAUCUUUCUUAGAGAGGUUUCAAGAACCAAUUCCGUUAGAUCCCAGAGCAGCCUUAUAUGGAGGCCGUACGGCUGCUAUCCGUCUCCGCCAUGUUGUCAGCCCAGGUGAGCGUGUAAAUUACGUUGAUUUCACAUCGUUGUAUCCGUUUGUAAAUGCACAUUUUCACUACCCAUUAGGGCAUCCGAAAAUAAUUCGAAAGGAUUUUGACAGCAUUGAAAAUUACUUUGGAUUAAUACAUGCUAAAGUUUACCCUCCACGUCAACUGUUUUUCCCUGUACUGCCUAUUAGAAACGACAAAGGGAAAUUAAUUUUCACACUGUGUCGAUUAUGUGCACUCGUGAACAAUCAAACUACUGACUGUACACACAAUGAUGAAGAACGGGCCCUCCAAGGGGUGUGGGUAACGAUAGAAGUAAUCGAGGCAGUGCGAAAGGGGUAUUUUCUGGCUGAAAUUUACGAAAUAUGGAACUUCGAAGAGAAAUCAGAUGUGCUGUUUAAAGACUAUAUCUACACUUUCCUUAAACAGAAGCAAGAGGCGUCGGGCUACCCUAGCGGAGUUGAAACUCUUCAGACUAAACAGGGUUACAUCCGUGACUAUAAAGAGAAGCAAGGUAUCGAUCUCGAUCCGGAGAAAAUUGUCUACAACCCCGCAAAAAGACAGAUUGCCAAACUACUGCUAAAUUCUCUCUGGGGAAAACUAGCACAAAGAUCAAACCAGCUCUCAACCAGUCUGGUGAGCACACCGCAACGCUUUUUUGAAUUUCUCUUUUCUAGCAAGUACGACAUUUCACAGUUUCACUUCAUAAAUGACGAUAUUGCACUUGUUCAAUGGCGCCAUAAUUCUAGGUGUGUCUUACCCCCAGGCGACGCAAAUAUUUUUCUAGCGGCGUUCACAACUUCUUAUGCACGACUUGAACUUUACAAGCAAUUAGAUUUGCUCCAAGAUCGUGUUCUGUACUGUGACACUGAUUCUAUCGUUUACACAAGCAGCCCCUCUGAUCAAUAUAACCCUCCACUCGGUAAUUAUCUCGGAGAUUUGACAUCAGAAUUAGAUCAUGGAGACUACAUAUGCAAUUGGAGCGCUGCGGGUCCCAAAUCGUAUGCCUAUCUCACACAACAGGGUAAGGUGACUUUACGUGCUAAAGGGAUUACACAAAAUUAUGAAAACUGUAAAAAAAUUAACUUUGACAGCCUCACAGAUCUGGUAGAGGGAUAUCUCAGAGAGCCGGACAAUCGGCGUGAAAUCUCUACACAUUACAAUAAAAUUACUCGCAAUAUGAAAGCCUUUGAACUCACUAAUAAACAACGCAUAAUCAACUUCGCAGUUGUCUAUGAUAAAAGACGACUCCUUGCAGAUGGAAAAACAUUACCAUUUGGUUAUUAGUUCCAGGAUGAAACGGCAGCAAUUUCUGAAAAGGACUGUGUAGAUUUAUGACGGUUUGACCUGAUGACUUUUCUACCCAGACCUUUUUAGAAUUAUAUCAUUGUUUUGUAAUUCUAUUCUGUUUUUUAUAUUUUUUAUCAUGUAUUCUGUGUUUUUCUUGAAGAUGUAUUCUGUAUUUUUAGUCAUGAUGUAAUCUGUAGUAAAUCAUAUAUGCACAUAUGCUAUAUCAAUAAACCCUUCUUCAUUUGUUUGUGUUUACAUCUUGAUGUCUGUGAAUAAAAUCAGUGUUCUGGUUAUUUAGGUUGCCAGUUUACAGAAACAGCAGAUGCGUAACAUGGAAGAAGUAUAUUUUGAUCCUCGUUUCAAACUUCCAUUCACCGCUCUCCUUGUAGGGGCAAGUGGAAGUGGGAAGUCGUUCUUUGUGAAACAUGUACUCCAAAAUAUGAAGGAUACUUUUUCCAGAGUUCCCGAUCGAAUCAUCUGGAGCUAUUCAUCCUACCAACCCAUGUAUGAUGAAUUGGCUAGAGAUGUAAAGAUUAAAUUUAUUGAAGGAAUCCCUGACUCUUUGACGGAUGAAAAUAUUUUUCCAUCAAAUCAGCACAGUCUUUUAGUUGUCGAUGAUUGCAUGGACGUUGGGGCGAAUCAUGAUGAAUUAAUGAAGGCAUUUACAAUGUAUAGACAUCAUCGAAAAUUAUCUGUAAUCUUUCUAGUUCAAAACUUGUUUCAUCAAGGAAAACAUAGCAGAACUAUUAGUUUAAACACUAAUUAUAUGGUCCUUUUCAAAUCGCCUCGUGAUAAACUGCAGAUUAGAAUUCUGGCUCAGCAAAUGUUCCCCGGACGAAGAGAAUAUUUUCUUCAGAGUUUUAAUGACGCGACUAAAGACCCCUACUCAUAUUUAAUCGUGGACUUAAGACCCGACUGUCCAGAACAUUUCCGACUGAGAAGCGGCAUACUUCCACACGAGUGGCCUGUAGUGUAUCAGUAUAAAAAGUGAUUUAAACCAUGUCAAAGCGGAUUAAAAGAAACCUCCCCAUUUUAAAAGCCCUGCUCAGUCUAAAACCAAAAGAGAGACAGAGCCUUCUUAGCCAUGCAUCGAAAGAUCUCGUCCUGGCAGUCUGUGAGAUAGCUUUGAAUGUUUUGAAGGGGAACAUCCCACUAUCCUCCGAGCAGUACAGUAGGUUAAAAAAGCAGAAAAAAAUCAUCAAACUCUUUGCUAACCGUAAAACUGCCAUAAAACAUAAGCGUAAGGUGUUGACACAGUCCGGUGGUUUCCUUGGGGCGUUAUUAGGAGCAGCAAUCCCACUCCUAACCAGUUUGUUUACCGGUGGGAGAUAGACACAGACCAUCGUCAUGGCGUCAUUUAGUAAAAUGUACAUGAUUUCCCCCCAUCAACUAGAGACUUUAACCCAGAAGAAGACGCAUGCAGAAAACAUCAGCGAGAAAGCUCAGCAUGUUUUGGAAGAGAAAAUGGAACGUCUGUUAAAACAACCUGGACCGGUAUACAGCAAGUCACUACAUUAUAACGAUCUACUUGAAAAAUAUCUGGCCUUACUCAGAAAGGAGGAGAGUCGCAGUCGUGAAAUACUUUUGAAACUACCUACUACACCCACAGAGAAAGGAGGUGAAGAUGUAGGUGACUAUGUCAAGGUUGAAGAGGAAGAACGUCCUGACAACAUUGAAAAAGAGAUUUUAGACAACAUAGGAUCACGCAAUCGGAAAAAUGCGGCAUAUAUUCUACAGAAGCUUCGUAAUUCAGACCUUCUAAGAUGGAACCGUUCAGGCGAGAUAAUUGUGCAGGACAACCUCAUUAAAGGGUCUCAUAUUUUCGAUUUAAUGAAAACUCUGACAAACCGUCGAUUCCACGGACGGACCGUACCUCGCGGAUGGGAUACAUUUUUAAAAACAAUUUCUGAAUUAAAUAUUCCAAUCACAACUGUUAUGAACACUCACGCACGCGAGCAAUUACGACUUAAACCCUCCAAUACCACGAGUGAACCUCGCCCUCAGAUACGUCGGAGUAAGAGAAAACGCGGGGGGAAAAAAUCUGGGGCGGCAUCACCGUUAGACAGAGAUUAUGACAGUCCGAAUCUCGUUCAUCAACUGUAUACACCUACAGCGUCUGAAUGGCGAUUGUCUACACCGAUCCCCUCCAACUGGUUAGAUUUCACUCGAUACAAAUGAAUUCAUGCAGACUGUAUGUUUUUUUUUUUACCAAUAAAAAUUUAUUGGGAAUUAUACAUCGGAGUAAGAGCAUUUAUUCAGAACAGAUAUAACACUCAUUAAAUAGUUUUAAAGAGCAUGCUUUCUGAUUACAGGUUUUAGCGGUCUUCACAUGUGAAAUACAUUUAACAUUUUUCUUGACAAACUUGGUGACAAGAGCAUCAUUCUUUUUUAAAUUAUCAGAAUACAGCCUCAUUACUUCUUGAAAAGAGAGUCCUUUAAAGCGUUGACAGAGGAAAAAAAUAACAUGGGCGCCACAAGUCGAAGAGUUGUCAUCUUGUACUUGGAGUUUGUUGUAGCGUAUUUCAUGAGAAUUUCUAGUGAGGAAAGUUAUAAAACUUUCAGGAUAAAAUAUAAAAUCCGGUUCAUGGCCAUAGCUGUCGAAGAAGCAUGAUUUGUCUUGUUCAGCUUCAAUAAUCAUCCCCACCCAGUGUUCACCCUCACGGGUUUGGUCAUGGGUGUUAACGACGAGAUAGCACGGUCGUUUAUCAAUCUUAGUUGGCAGUAAAUCACUAGGCCAAACCCCUCCAAACGUCUCGCCCAAGAUCGGUCUCAGGAUAGAAUCUAUUUGAUGGUUGUUCAUUUCUCCAGUUUUAGUAGUCGAUCAGAACCUGACGCUUCGAGUUUAUCUCUAUGACACUGUCGUAACAAGCGUACACAAUCAAUGUCAUAGUUCUCGGUAACGCCAUUCUGAAUCUUAAAUCCAAACGGCAUGUUCCAUGUAGCGCAGGAGAGAGAGCUUCAGCGUCCAUUUCAUCGUCUCUUGACAGAUUGAACAGAAACAGUGAGUAACCAUUUUCAAAGUUUUCGCGGUCAAUACUCAGGGGAGCGUCUCUGAGGUGUCUGUUUGUUCCCAGAUAGAGAUUGUAAAAUUCGCGAACACUCUGAUGUGUAUUAAAGUUGGGUUGGUAAGGUUUCGCCGGGAUAAAGCGUGAAUUUACACUGAGAGAGAGGUAUUCAAGAUUUGCAUGUUGGAACUUAAAUGGGUUCAGCUCCCUUGCUCCGACAAAUGCUCUGUGGUCGACAAUUCCGACGACUAUAUAUUUUGGAAGUCUACCCAGAUACAAGUUGUCCUGUGAACAUACACGUGACUGCGCUGGAAUGCUAAAAUUUUUAACAACAACACGACUUAUCGGGUAAAUUGCGUUGGAUUUCAUUAAAGCGGCUGAAUGUCCUAGCAUGACAUCCGGCGAGACUUGCACCUUUUUCACAAAAAUGCUAGCACUCAGAAUGUUUAAAUUGAACUCGUCAGCUGCAGCGGACAUCAGUGUAAAAGCACUUUUAGCCUUUACAAGUUUCAAUCGCACAUCCACAUUGUUUAGCAGGAGUCUUUCGGAAAAAAAAAUGUCACUGUGCAGGGGACCAAUUAACUCGAAUGGUCGCGAACCACGAGUGAAGCUUGUACGCUUGAUAAGGCCUUUGUUGGGGCCGCCAGGUGUCGUGUCAAUUGAAUCUAAAUCAUCGCCAUCGUCUUUGUACCACAGACCUGCUGAAAACUGACUCUCCAAUGUUUGUCGUGAAAAGUUGAGGAGGGUUUCAAUAAUAGAUCUGUAAGGAUGAGUUGCGGAUGAAGAGCUAAUGAGAACAUCGUUCAGACUGACAUCUACCUGUGAAAAUAUAGUAUUUAGAGGGUACUGUAUUAUUCCACAGUUAUCAGCAUUUCCGAGAUUAGUCCCAUCGGCGUUUGUAAUCUUGAGGCGUAAAUAGAGUAGUGUUGAGUUUAGAUCUAGAUAGAAACUCCCGUUUCCAGGUAUCAGGAAAUCUAACACUUCUUGAUCAGCAAUAGAGUUCAAAGGAUGGAUCUCUACAUAAUUGGUCUGAUCUAUAGAUAGCUGUGUCAUCGGAGGAGCAAAGAGGUCGAGCUCUGAUUUGGUGCACUCUGACGAGAGGUGAUGUGUAAGAGACAUGGUUAAAAUAUAUCCCCUCCGCCUCGUUGACUUUUAACUUUCCGGUGUAUUUUCGAUGAGGUUUUACGUUUCUUUUUUGGUAUAGCGUGUGAUAAUGCUGCUAGAGCUCUUUUUCCUCUUCCACGUGCUAUUCGUAGUAGUCCCGAUCCGUCCUGAGUUUCGUCACGUCGACGAUUGGCAAUAUGGCUGGUUACAGCUCCAACAACAUCAGAUGCUAUCCCUCUCACAGCAGAUUUCAAAUGUGGCCUGGCAAUAUUAGCUCCACGUUUAAGAAGAGGCAAGACGAAUCUGAAUGCCCUACUCAGCAUAGAACCAAAUCCCCUGCCGUAAAGAACCGGGGCACCAACAAAUCCGUUGAGUGAUCCGCCUCCAGCCUGAUUCACAUAAUAAUCCACAAAUCUUUGCGAAUUCAUUCUGGGUUAUUCUGUUGAAUUCAGAUCAAGAUCUUUGAUACCGGUCUAAAGUGUAGUUUGCAGAUGGUCUUCCCGUAUGUGAAUCGAAUCGGGGUAUUUAAAUCUGUUUUUAAUUCAAUCUGGAUAUCCUGUAUGCGCUGUUUAUUGACAGGAACGUAGUGUAAGCGGUUGUAGGAGAAAGUGAUCAGGUCACCGUAAGAUCCUUCCUUUUUAACAAUUCUUAGAAGGGGAACAACAUAGUCUCCGAUAUGUUGUGCUUCCACAAUAUUGGUAUAGACGAAAAAAUUAUAUUGACCGCCGUUAAUAUCGCAGGGAUAUUUACUCACGGGAUUUCCUUCUGUUUUAAUCCAUUGACCGGGUUCAAAACCCAGCAUGUAGGACAGCGGCGCUUCGAACUUGAUAGAAUAUUUAGCACUCCCUAAUAUAUAAAUUCUUCUGUUUAUAGAAUUGUAAUGAAAAAUUAGAUCAAUGUUUACUGACUUAAAUAAAGCAUUUAUCUCCCUCAGUAUUAGAUCAAUGCUGUCAUAAUGUCCCCUAGGAAUUUUCAUAUACAUUGGAGGAUUCGCUGGCUUCGAAUGAUCCAAUAAUUCAUAACCAUUCUCACCCCCACGUAUAUUAUUCCAUGUAUGACAAUACAUAAUUUCAGCUAAAGCGACCUCGUAAGCUCCAUCCAGCUCUAUAGGUUGUGACAAUGUUGUCAUAUAGUUCGAGCUGGUAUUGCUCGGGAAAAUGUCAUUACAGGCAUUCGACGGUAGUGUCACGUAGAAAGACUCUCGUCCUGUCAUUGUGCUGUUUCCUGGUCUUUCUUGUUUCUCUUCUUCCUGAGCUCAACGACCUCGUUAGCAGCUAGCCAAGAGUCGAACUGACGAGGCCAUCCUUGCCACCGGACUAAAACCAUCUUCUGACCAUUUUUAAUUUUCCAGUCUAAAAUUUCUUCUAUGCGGAAAAGAGUGUCAGAACCAAUUAUCACUUUCUGCAGUUCUGGUUCAUAGAAUGUUCCAUUCAGAAUUUCACCUCUUAUAUCCCUUAAUUUAUAAACAGGGGGGACUCUGGGGAUACGUUCGUUCACUAUAAAAUAUUCAUCGCUGAAUGACUGUUCAUACAUUUUAUCAAAUACUCCACGGUAUUUUGAAAUCCGUACAAUGUCUCCUUCUUUGAAUUUAAAUACGGAUGGUUUUGCGCUCAGAGAUAGUGUCCCAUAUAAAUUUUCAAACACUUGCGAGGUCUUGCUAGGGGUUACCUCCGCAGGUUUCAUUUUUAUUCCACUAUGAUAACUGUUGUUAUAGCUAUCGAGUAAAUCUUGAAUUACGUCUAUAUACCUACGAGUGUUUUUUGCAGUGAAGUACCGCCACAUUUUUCCCUUCAACGUACGGUGAAAUCUUUCCACCACUGAUGCUUUCAGUUCACUUCCUGUUGCAAAGUGUUGAAUGUUGUACUUCAUCAUUAGUUUUUCAAAGAGUCGAUUAAAAAAUUCUUUCCCUGAAUCCGUUUGAAUUUUAGCCGGAAUACCACUCUGGUCUAAAAUUGAAGCAAAAGCCUUUGCAACUUCAAAGGCUGUCUUGUUUUUCAGUGGUCGUGCAUAAGCUUUCUUGGAAAAUACAUCUAUUACUGUAAGCAGGAAUUUAAACCGAUCAUUGUCUUUAGACAGAGCACUCAUAUCACAAAGAUCGGCUUGAAAUUGAUACAAAGGACGAGGAACAAAAACACGAUUUCUAGCAUAAGUUUUUCGUGCCGUUUUGUGUAAGGUAUAUGCAUCCUGAGCUGACAACCAGUCUCGCACUUCAUCCCCGCUAACUUUUUUUCCCGUCUGCUCUUCGACAGCCUUUUGAAGUCUUUCAACCCCACCAUAAGAUCCAGCUCUUGCAGGAUCAUAAUAUAUACUCUUCAGCAUGCGUUCUGUCUUCUUUGAAGCCAUGUCUACUAGUGAACAGAAAAGAUCAUACGACAAUGUUUUGACUUCGACUUUAUUGAUGACCACACAUGAUUAGUGAUUACACAGUUAGUGAUUACAAUACAUGUUUUAUAUUAAAUCAAAAAAACAAAAAAUCUUUUUUUUUUUUUUUUUUUCAAAAUUGAAGCGUGUAAAGCAUGUAAUACAUUUAGCAACUGAUCAACAUCAACUUUAUCUCCAUUCUUCAGUUUACACACCGCUACAUCGACUACAUAGGUAUACAAGACGUGCAUGAGACUAGAGUUGAGACUACACACAGAAAUAUUCCCGAUAAUGCCCCGUAAUGUUGCUUCAAAACCAUCGCUGUUUAAGUCUGACCCGAGAUACACCAGAUUCUCCCAGUGGUCUAAAGGACCCUUAUCCCUUACAAUGGCCAUCACUCUUUCAAAACGCUCCAAGUCUUUUGUAUCGACAUCCCCGCUUGCCAGAUAUAACGAUGCAUCAUUGAUCCGAUUAGCAAUUGCAUGUUUUAAAAGAAAACUGUCAACUGGUUUAGGGGGUGGUUUAAAAUAAUAAUUUCCCAUUUUGAUGAAUCAAGGAUUCCAGAAACCGAGGAAACGCUGCAGCAGAUCUUCCCUAUCCGUGUCGUCUUCUAUGUAGGCGCGCCUGAUCUCUGCAACUUUCUCCAGAAUGUUUUCUUCAGGCUUCAGAUCGUAAAGAAAAGCCUCCGCUGCUCCUUCCACUCUAGCAUCCAGUAUGUCUAACCCAAGUAAUUCCAGUGUAUACUUGAGAGCUGGAAGAAAUUCCCAUGUCAUCAGAUUCUCUGUUAACAGUUUAAAGUUAGUGUUGAAAUAUCCAGGUUCUGGAGGAUAGAGACAGGGAUGCUGACGUUGAGAAGGGUGAUCGACUUCACAGCCGUAACAGUCUUUUUUUAUCUGCUCCUGCACCACCACUUGCACGGCGCUAGCCACGCACGCCUUUACAGUGUCUAGAAAUCCGCCACUCGCCGCUAUCGGAGACUGAGGCGCGGGCGAGUCUGGAGGCGUCAGGACCGCUUUGUGUGCUCCUAUGGUGUAGACUGGAGCAGGCGCUGCCUCUUCCCCGCUGUCAUUAUCCCCCCAGUAUGGACAGUAGGAUGGAGGUCCGCAUGGUAGCUCGCCAUGGCUCUGUCCAUUGUCGAGGGAUUGGGAAAAACAACCGACUGUAUACAUCGGUGAGCCUUCUGGCACCUCUCGCUCAGUCACCUUGGGUGGAGAACCGGAGCUGGCUAUGGAUCCUCCAGUGAUCCGACCAGGGGUGAGCGCUAUGUCCCCCUUCACCAUGCACGCGUAGGGAUCGGUCUGGUACUCUUGCGCUUCACACGUCGUGACAAGGGUCGAAUCAUUCUCAUGAUAGCGGUGGAAAAGUGGCCUAUACAUCUCAGCGUGUCCUGAAGAUGUCUGAGAAAUGUUUGACAGCCAGUUGAGAAGCUCUUCAUCCCGGAUUUCAUAGCUGCUGCAGCUGGUGCUGCUGCUGCCGACGUUGUUUCCAGCAAGAGAGGUCAGAGCGUUGUCCGAGGAAAAAUCAGCCAUGAUGAAGUAAAGUACUUUCUCUAUUCCCACUUCUUCUGUAUUUAUAUUUUAAAACGAGUGGGUGUGUCUGGUAGGCCGGUCUGAGAGGCGUGUCUUGUAGAUGGAGGGCCUAGUGGGAGGCGGGUCUGGUAGGAGGGUUCUGGUGGGAGGGGUCAGAGAAGCAGGACUGGGAGGUCUGUGUAGAAGGCGGAGACCCGCAUGCGUGAUUACGCGGAAUCAGUCUCCAAUUCAGAAACAUAGCCUCUCCUGGCCAAUCCAUCAGCCUCCAGUUCUCUGUCAAAAACGGGGUUCAGAUUUAUCCGCCUUUUAACACUAGCCAGCCUCUGUCUUCCAACACCGCCUUCAGCUCGAGUGGUUAACCUCUUCUCCAGCAGGUCAUGCCUCCGCUUCACACUAUCUUGAGUGAAAAACAAACUCAUUUCUUUCAAGAGAUCACCCAGCUUUGGGAAGUCUUCCACCUUGAACGCCAGGUGAAUUGGGAAAUGCCGCUCUUUCUCCAUAACAGUUCUUGGUCUGACACUAUUAGCAUCAGAGGAGCCAUAUCUCACCAGCAGCCAGAUGUGUGAUCUCGAACAAUCGACGAAAAAAGAUCCCUCCCCUUCACGCUGUAGCGAAUCCGUUCUCACCGCUACACUUGGCGGCAUUCUCGUAAGUCCUACUUCCCCUUCAUCAUGCACAUGCUGCAUGUAAUCGAUGAAAUCUUGAAUGGAGCUCUUCAGUUUUUCAAAUUCAGUAGAAUAAAUUCUCAGCUGCGUAACCUCUGGUUCCAUAUAUUCAUAACUGUAUAGAUCCACAAAGGGAACUACUCCCAUACCUCUAAACUCACUAACCACCAGACGUCCCCCGUCAAGAUGCAGACUCUUUUUCCUGAACACAGCCAUUUUUUUUUUUUUUUUUUUCUCCAGCAGUCACUCAUAGUCUGACUGAAACACUCCUCGUUAUAUAAGACAUCUCAUAUAUUUCCACACCCCCCUCACCACCUUAACCACGCCCAUCAACCCUCCUCUAGAAUAAUAGCCACAUUCUAAUGUAAAUAACAAAGUCACGCCUCUUCCUUUUCCCCACACCCCCUCACCACGCCCCUCCCAAAUGAUGUCAUCUGAUGUGUCAAGUCAUCAAUCAUAUUUUGACAGUUAGUUUCUGACGAUUAUUUUUAAUGAUUAAAUUUAUAUGACGUCAUCACAUUUUGUCACUUAGUUACUCUAAAUUUCUCUGCCAUUCUGUUUGACCUCAGAGAUUUCACCAUAACACGGAAUUGGGUAUGGAAUGAAUUGCAUGUCUUAGUUUUUCAACUCUAUUUGCUGAUGAAUUAUUCCAUUUAAAUGCUGAGCUCAUUUGUGAAGAACAAACCUGUAAUUGACAUCAAAUAGAGUGGAAUCGUCUUCGUCGUCGUUGUCAUUGUUGAGUGGGGCCAUCUCCACUCUCUCUGCUGGCGUCGUUAUAAUGUCAUACUUUCGUGUUUUACGGAUUUUCCUCCCAGAUCUGUCCACAAAAAAUGACCACAUAAUACACAUUACAUACUAACGAUUACAAUUUUCAGCAAAAUGAUGCCUUGAUGAAUAACAAAAACCUAAAAAUGCUAAAUCUGGUUAUGACUGCUCACAGUUAGGCUUGUAUGAAUAUUAUUAAUCGGCCGUGACCUUUCCUCUAACGUCACAUGCAGUCAACACAAUCACAUGCUUGUAAUUGAUUCAUUUCUCGAGGAAUUUGAGGCUUCACACUAACAAGGAGGGGCAGAAUAAUAAUAAAAGAGACGUUAUCGUCAUUUACUCUAUGGUCUGUAUCUUACCUGACCACUUUGACGAGCAGGCAGGUUAUGAGAGCAGCUGUCAACACGCAGGUAAGAAUGACGACCACUUUGAGAGUAGGAAGAUGCGUCAUGAGGGUCGACAUUCGGGUUCCGACGGCUGCGUGGGUGUCAUUGUUGUCAGUGUUGCUCCCGUCAUCCCGGAGGCUGACAGAUGCUGAUAUCGUUGCGUUCAACGGCGUGGCGGGAGAAGACAGAGUUUGGGGCUCGCAGUCGAUGCUCCAAAACGCCCCCACCAGAAUAAAAGUUAAAGCAAAGUAAAAUCUCGCCAUGUGUCCACCGAAAUGAUUAGGAUGGAUUAUUUUCCAAAGUAGCACAAACGCGACGACAGCUGUCACAUUAUAGACGUCCGAUUUGCUAUUUUACUCAAUAAAAAAAUGCAGGACAAAGACAAGCAUUAGGUCUCGCACGACUUAAAAAUAAACCUCUUGAUCGUAGCUACCUUUUGCUUCCAAAAUGUUGUCCCCUUUAGGUGAGUUGAAGCUACAACUUCGUGAUUGCAUUGAGAAUUAGAGUGGUGAUUUGGGAUAAUCCUACCCCACCCCCUCCGGAAAAGCUCAGCGGGACCGCCUUCUUGCUCCCGGUUUACGAUUGACGCCUUCACGGAGCCUCGGAAUCGACAUAAUCUCAUCACUGCUGUCAUCAGUUUGACGUCACCAUUUAUUGUGUGGCCCCUUAAAGCCAACACACUGAUUAUGCAGUGGUAAUCAAACUGAAGUUUGCCGUUACAAACACAAUAAUGCGCAGUUCAGAGGAAUACAUUUAACAAUAUACUGUAAUAUGUUUAUUGUUAUUUGCAAUGGUAACUUACUGCUACAAGAUACUGACGUGUUACUUAUAUUCCCCCCUUAUUCUCCCGUUAUGCAGAUCCACACCACUUCAAACUACAAUACAGUACUCACAUAUGUUAAUGUAGGAGCAAUACAAAAACCAAGCAUUGUUACAUGUGUUGAUACAUUGGGUCAUUGGACUUUGCAGGUGCACCUAAUGAAGUGCCUGUUCUUUCCAGUAUUAAAUUUCUAAUUUAUUUCUCAUUUAUUUCUCAAGGUAAUUAAAGUCAUGUGAAAAAAUGGGUUGUGGUAAUAAUACUUUGGAAGACAUGCAUCAGGGGCGUAGCACCAAGAUCUGGGCUUCCAUACAUAAGUCUCCUGAAGGGUGUCCUCUCACCCCAUCCUAAACCCACCUCUCCUGUCCCCUACAGACACACACGCUGUAGUCUAUUCUUAAGUUAUCUUACUAUGGUUUGUUAAUUGUGUUUUCACAAGCCAUAAAUUAGUUUUAAGUUUCAGCUCAUAAUAUUGGACAUCAAAAGGCUGGCCUGUUAAUGACCCCCAAAGUACACGAUAACAACUAUUAUAAUUUCCUUCCUACAGGUGACUAAAAACAUGAUAUUUCUUCAAUAAUAAUGUGCUUUAAGAUUUGGGCUGAACUAACCUUUCUUUAAAAAAAAAACGUAAGCAUUUUGCUGCCUACUUUUACCUUUUUCCAUCUUCUGUCUCUCUUUUCUUGUAGCCUGAUUUGAUCUUUGUGGGGGACAUGUUGCUGCGUUGGUCAGAGCACUGUAUACAAAUGACUCACUUAGCAAUAGGCUGCAAUAGCAACUCUUAAAGCACAGGUGUCAAACUCAAGGCCCGGGGACCAAAUUCGGCACGCCACAUCGUUUUUUGUGGCCUGCAAAAUCCUGGAGAAAAUGUACAUAAAGACAUUUGUUGUCAAUUUCGACAGAAAAUGUAUAUUGUACGCAACUGGAGUUUUUGCUUUUUGUUGUUGUGGUGGUGGUGACUGUUGUUGGCAGACAAAGGUCUCACUCCACUGCAUCUUAACGACUGUUGUUUUGCCCCACAUAUGAGUGAAACCAGUCUUGGUUGGGGCAUGUCGUAUCAAGCCUUUGAGCAUUAACUGAUUGCUAGUUGCUGAUACCUUGCUUUGGAUGACAACCUGAACAGUCCAGUUACAAACACAUUUCAGGCAAAGUUGCGGCCCUCUGAGGGCAACCAUAACUGUGACGUGGCCCGCGGUGAAAAUGAGUUUGACACCCACACCUUAAAGUUACCUUUACCAUUCCGAGUGCUACCAGGUGUGUUAUGCUUUGCUAUUAUUUAUUGUAGCAUUACCCUAGAAAGCAAAGACAUGUUGGCUGGUGCAGUCGAAAAGUGUCAUAUUUAGGAAAAAGGACAGCUUGCAGCUCGGCUCAGAAUUAAAGUCACAAAAUAAUCAUGCUGAUUGCUGAUUACUAAUCAACCUGGGUGACCUCAUAAAGAACAAAACAGGAAAUGGGUAUACCAAAAUAAGAGUCUGAGACAGGAAAUAAUGGCACAAACAAAGGAAAACAAAACCCAGAAGUCCCAGGUGGAAUUAACCAUUUUUUAUUUUUGCAAGGUGGGUGUCGGUAGUCUCAGAUAGUCUUAAUUUGAUUCAAGUAACCUUAUUAGUGAAUUUUCUUAGCAAAAUUAGGGCUGUCAAAGUUAACAUGUUAAUAACGAGUUAACGAAAAGUACCUUUAAUAUUCAGCAGAAACAGAAAAAGAAAAGGGAAUGGUAAAUUUAGCUUCUCUGCUCUCGACAAGACCAAACUUAUUUGUAGUUAGUGUCGCUGUGAGUUUAGUUGUCAUAGGGUACAUCAGCUCACAAAUGCCUGAGAGACGCGAGAAGGUACUGGAGCACUGCAGGUAUUUUUUAUUGUCAUUUAUACAGUGGUAUCUUGGCAUAUGAGUGUCCCAACUAACAAGUGUUUUUGAGAUGCGAGCUGUCUCUCGGCUGAUUUUUUGCUUUGAACUGCAUCCUAAAAUUUGGGUUACAAGCAGCUAGUUACUGUAAGGCAUAGCCGAGGACAGCUAUUUUAGGGGCUUGUCUCAAUGUGACAAAGGCCGAAGUGAGAGAGCACACACACAGCGCUCAAUGAUAUGGCACUAAAGAUUCAAGGGGGACUUUAUUAGCAUUAAUAUUAAGGGUGCCAGGAGACACCUAACUCACGAGACGAGAAGAAAUUUUAACAUUCAUUUGAAGAAAAGUACUUUUUUAUUUAACUGAUUCACAAAACAAUGCAAGUUACCACUGUUAUGAUAAUCCAUCCAUCCAUCCAUUUUCUCUGGCGCUUAUCCUCAUUAGGUCGCACACUACCACUUAUGUUUAUUAUCAUUCAUAGUAGCGAUGCAACAGUUCAGUCUGAUUGGCUUCUGGCUACCCGGUUCUCGCGAGACAACUUUUCUCCAAACAAGAAAUCUCGUCAGGUUUAAAUCUCACAAGAUCCUGUGACCACCAUAGUUAUUAUUAUUAUUUAUUUGCAAUUUAUUAGCAUUUGUGCUUGAACUGCUGUGUUUGUCAAGAUGACAGAAUAAAAGUUGCAUGUUGGAAGACCUGGGGUGUUAUACUUCCACGUCGUUGAAGUCGCCACACUAACAAAAGUGUGUGUGUUUGUAUGUGUCUGUAAAAGAGUAUAUGGGUGCAGUCCUAGUUCUGUAAAUUACUGACUGUUCUUGAGCACUAUUUUUUGUAAGUUGUCAAUAUUUAUUUUUCUAACACCCUGUUUUCAUUUCACUUAGUUGUUGGGGUUUUUGCAAACCUUUAUUUGUAAUGUUAGUCAGAAUUAUAUUUCGUGACAUUAUUUGCUUGAAGAGAAUAAUAUUUCAGUGAUGAUGAUGAUGACAGUUUACCUUACUAAUAUGUACUUGUUUUACAUUGUGUUUGUUCUUUAUACACUGAGAUCCAUUUUGUGUUGAGCUGUUUUAAGAAAAAACUGAAUGUUUCACAAACAAAAAUUUGCAUUAAGCAAAAAUAUUAUCCAAUGUCAUGUUCAUAGGUGUAUUAAAAACUUUCAAAUGAUCUGUCAAAGGUACACUUAUUAUAGAUAAAAACUUCUAUCUGCAAUUAAUUACGAGUUAACUACGGACAACAUGCGAUGAAUCACGAUUAAAUAUUUUAAUCGCUUGACAGCCCUAAGCAAAAUGUAUUUUAGUUAACAUUUAUGUUGUCGGAUUUUAUAAUGGACAAAUCCAUCUUUAAAACCUUACAAAAGCCCAGGACCAAUACUUUGCCAUUUCGACUUGAAAACAUUCCUGUGUGGACACCCCCUCAGAGUAGCCCGAUAUGAUAGAGAUAUUGUUCCACUUAAUUUAGCAUUCCUUCUUCUUUCUUUAGCUGUAACUUACUGGUGUGUGCGAGUGUAGUGUAGUGCUACUAAAGUAGUGUUACUGUAGUAUGUCAAGAGAUCACUACUACAGUGUAACGUAGUGCUGCAGAUGCUGCCUUCAUGGCAAAACUGGGGCAUUGCGCAACCUUUUAGUCUAUUUAAGUCAGCCAAUGAGUACCUUCUGCUUGUAAGGUCUCCAAUAGUCUCCAUUGUAUUGAAAAACCCAGCAGA